AUGUCCACCGAUAGUACCAACACCCCACCUCAAGUGCUCUCUCACUCCUCCUCGAGUAGUUCCAUCUCUUCCAUGACCAAAGAAAACACUCCAGCACCUUGUUGCCAUAUUUGUAAAGAAGAAGUCGAUGUUCUACAAGAAGCUCGCUCACACUGUGUCGAUUGUAACAUGUACUUGUGUGCUCGUGAUGCUAAAAUUCACAUCAAGAGAGAACCUACUCAUCACGUCAUUGAUUUGAUUGGCGCCAGUGCUGGAAAUAAUUUGGGAGGAUCUGGAAUUGGUUUGGGUUCUCAUUUAUUGGAACAAAUGUCUCCUCGUAAUGCAACAAACACUUCUUCGCCAUCAACAAGUUUGAAUUUUGGAGGUCCUGCUCCUCUCUGUCAAAGACAUCAUAUUCCUGUCAAUACCUAUUGUGGAAGUUGUAAAAAGUUGGUGUGUAGUGCUUGUGCGGUUGAAGAACAUCGAGAAGGUCACACUGAUGUGAAUAUGAUUGCCAAAAUUGAACCUGAAGAACGAUCCAAUUUAGACAAGUUGUUGAAUCAUUUGAGAGAAAGCAUGAAAGAAUGGGAAAGUUCACAUCAAACUCAUGAUAAUGAAUUGGAAUUGGAAAGUUCAUUGAUUGAAGAAGCUAGAAAUCGAUUGAAGGAAGAAGUUAAAGCUGUGUGUGACACUUUGAGACAAAAUUUACAGGAUCGACAAGAUCAAUUGUUUGCUGACAUUGAUGAAAUUUCUAAAACUCAAACCAAUUAUGUGAAAAAGAUCAUUGAAUUGAAGAAGGUUUCCGUGGAUUACAUUUCCGAAUUUGACAAGUUGCAUGAAAUGAGUGGCUACGAAAUGAUGGAAAGAAAAUUGACUCGACUUCCACAAACCUUGCAAGCAUUUGAAGAUUUAAAGACCUUCUUCAAAUAUUUGACUUUGGAUGAAGUUCAUGACAUUCAACUCACCAAUACUGAAAUCAUGUACAUUCAACGUGAAUUGAAGAAUUUGGGCGAAAUUGUGAAAACUCCUCCAAAACAAAAGAGUGCUAAAACAGCUACAACGAGUGCUGCUUCUUCGAAUGGUCAUCCAUUGAGUGGUGCUCCAGGAACAACCUCAACUGAACCAUCCAAAUUGAAUACCUCAACUGCUUCUUCUGAGAAUGGAUCUUCCAGUUCUCAUCCUUACACUCCAUUCUCAAUGGAGUUCACAUUUGUGGGCACGAUUGGUAAAACUGGUUCCGAUGGAUCUGGAAAUGAUCAAUUCAAGGGUCCAUGGGAUGUGAAAAUUUCACAUGGAUGCAAUUGCAUUGUAGAGUAUAAGGGUUCACUCAAGACAUCCAAGUCUCCUCGAUAUUUGUGUAUUGAACCAAGUAAGGAUGGAAAUGAUUCACUCAUUUUCUCAUGUGAUAAUCAUGCCGUUUACAAGUAUAAUUUGAACAAGGUACUUGCUAAUGAGAAGAAUUUGGAACCUAUUUGGAUUUCUGGUACACCAAAGAAGAAGGGAAGUGAUGUGAACUUGUUUACUGAACCAGCAGGUGUUACACUUUGCAAAUCUAAGAAGAUUAAUGCAUUAUUCCCUGAGGCUAUGAAUGAAAACACAAUUCUUGUGUGUGACGGAGAUAAUCAUCGUAUUAAGGUCUUGAGAGCUAGUGACGGAAAAGUGUUAAAGACGUUUGGAGCUAAGAAGGGAGAUGAUAAUGUCCAAUUGACACAACCUGAAUGCAUUUAUGUGAGCGAAGAUGAUCAAAUUAUCGUGACAGACCAAAGUGCUCAUCGAGUUCAAAUGAUUGCAAGAAAGGGAGACGAAUUGUCUUGCAUCAAGAUUAUUGGAAAGGAAGGACAAAGUAAUUUGGAGUUUGCUACCCCUCGUGGUAUUGCAGUGGAUGAAACUUCGAAUCACCUCAUUCUCUGUGAUUGUGGAAACAAUAGAGUUCAAGUGUUCAGUCAUGUCACUGAGGAAUUUAAGCGUAAUUAUGGAACUGAAGGAAAGGACAAUUCACAAUUCAACAAACCAACAGGUGUUUGUUUCAAUGACGUGAAUGGAGAGUUGUUGAUUGCAGAUUAUCAAAAUCAUAGAAUUCAAAUUUUCAAAUAA